UUAUUUUCAUUUUAUGGCUAGUAUUUCCUAUUUAAUUCGAUUUCUAAUAUUUACAGUACCCUUCCUACUUAUAUUCAAAAUGCACACUGAUUUACAUUUAGCUUGGUUCAAAAGGCACACUGAUUGUGAGACGUUUCUUUGAGGUACUGAAAAAAUCAGGGCUGCGUACAGAAGCAACAAACCCAUGCCACAAUCUCUGAAUUGCUGAAGAAGCGACGUUUCAGCUACUUUCCAAAGCCCUGGGCGAGCGGGCUCAUGGGAAUCGCAGUGCGGACGGCUAAGAGCCCGCGCCCGAGGUCCCGGGAACUGGCCUUCCGCCGCUCCUUUUGCGCAGGUGCAUCACCUCGCGGGCUCGCUCAGGUCCUGCCGCCGACAGUGAGGGACGGUUCGGAGUUUCCGGGACCCUGCAGGUCCGCCUGCCGCUCGGGGAGCUGGUGCGGCCGGAGUGGGAGGGCGGGCGAGGCCAGGGGGCGGCGGCGAUCUGGGUGCCCCUGCGUGGCUCCGGGAAGCAGGCGCAGGCGGCAGUGCCUGGCUGCGGGAACCGACCCGCGGACCUCAGCGGGACUCUCGGCUGUUCGACCCGAGAGACGCUCCACCUUCAGAGACCUCUACAUUUUUCCAAGAGAGAUCAGCAAAAUAAGAAAUCCUGGAUCCUUAUCAUUUGAGGAUGUGACUGUGGGCUUCACUCAGGAGGAGUGGCAGCACCUGCACCCUGCUCAGAGGACCCUGUACAGGGAUGUGAUGCUGGAGAACUAUAGCCAUCUCAUCUCAGUGGGGUGUUGCAUCCCUAAACCAGAAGUGAUCUUGAAGUUGGAAGAAGUAGACCAGCCAUGGAUAUUAGAGGAAGAAUCUCCAAGUCAGAGCUACCCAGAAGUCUGCAAAGUUGAUGACCAACUAGAACAGAAUCAAGAAACCCAGGACAGACGUUUCUGGCAAGGUCCAUUUAUCAACAGCAAAACACUGACUAUACACAGAGGUAAUGUAUUAGGAAGAAUUUUUAAUUUCAGUACAGACAUAGUUCCUUCCAUAAAAAUAUCCUGUAGGUGUGAUUCGUAUGGUAUGAAUUUGAAAUGUAUUUCAGAAUUAAUUAUUAAUAAGAAAAACUUUAAGAAGUCUGUUGACCUCAAUACAUAUGGGAAGUUGUUUCUUCAUAUUAACCAUGAACAAACUCAAAUGGGGAAGAAACCUUGUGAGUUCAUUCAAAAUGGAAAAUACCUCAGUUAUAAUGAAGGUUUCAUCACAUAUCAGAGAAUUAAAAAUAUAGAGCAAUCCUUUAAAAGCAAUAAGGAAUACAAGGAGUGUGGGAAAGAUUUCCAUGAGAAGGCAUUUGUCAUCCCAUAUAACUAUGCUCACAUAGGAGAGAGUCCUUAUGAACAUAAUGAAUCUGAUAAAAUACUCUGUAAUAAUUUAACCUUCAUGGUCCAUAAGAUGGCACAGAGAACAGAAAAACUUUUUGAGUCUUAUGAGUAUGCUAAAACUUUUGAGCAGUCAGCUCUCUUGAAACACAGAGUUCAUUUAGAAGUGCAAGGUUAUGAGUAUAUCGAUAAAGUAGAUAAUUUCAAUGGGAAAUCACAUUUUCCUGACACAGGAAAGAGAAUACUUGACUAUAACAACUUGGGAGAACCAUUCUGGGAGAAGUCAGUUCUUACUGUAACUCAGAGAACACACAUAGGAGACAAAGCCUAUGAAUGUGGAAAAGCAUUCUGCGAGAACUCAAAACUCACCAAACAUCAGAAAUUACAUACAAGAGAGAAACCCUAUGAAUGUAAGAAAUGUGAGAAAUGCUUCUCUCGGAAAUCUCUCCUCACUUUACAUCAGAGAAUCAACACAGGAAAGAAACCAUACGAAUGUAAGGAAUGUGGGAAAUACUUCUCUAGAAGUUCACACCUCAUAAUUCAUCAGAGAACUCAAGGAGAGAAACCCUUUGAAUGUAAGGAAUGCAGAAAAAUCUUCUAUCAUAAGUCAUAUCUCACAGUACACCAGAGAAUUCACACAGGGGAGAAGCCCUAUGAAUGUAAUCAAUGUGGAAAAACUUUCAUAAGCAACUCAGUCCUCACAAUACAUCAGAAAAUACACACAGGUGAGAAACCAUAUAAGUGUAAUCAAUGUGGGAAAUUCUUCUCUAGAAACUACCUUACAGUACAUCUGAGAACUCACACAGGGGAGAAACCCUAUGAAUGUGAGAUAUGUGGGAAAACCUUUUGUCACAAGUCAGAUGUCACUAAACAUGAGAAAAUUCACAUAGGGGGAAAACCCUAUGGAUAUACUCAGUGCAGGAAAACCUUUAGUCGCAACUCAGGACUAAAAGUACAUCAGAGAACUCACACAAAGGAGAAGCCGUAUGAAUGUAGUGAGUGUGGAAAAUCCUUCUCUGAGAAAUCAGUCCUCACCAUACAUCAGAGGAUACACAUGGGAAAACCUUAUGAGUGUAAUGAAUGUGGAAAAACCUUCUACAAUAAAUCAGACCUCACUAAAUACCACAGAACUCACACAGGUGAGAAACCCUAUGAAUGUAAGGAAUGUGGGAAAUUCUUCUCUAUUCCUAGAGAGAAUAUUCUCUAUUCCUAUCUUUCUGUACACCAGAGAACUCACACAGGGGAGAAGCCCUAUGUGUGUAAAAAAUGUGGGAAGACUUUCCGCCAUAAGUCAGACCAUAUAAUACAUAAACAACACAGAGGGGAGAAAUCAUAUCACUGUAAUCAGUGUGGGAAAACCUUUACUUGCAGUUCGGUCCUCAGAUCACAUCAGAGAACUCACACAGGUGAGAAGCCCUAUGAAUGUAAUGAGUGUGGGAAGUCAUUUUCUGAGAAAUCAGUUCUCACUGUACAUCAGAGAAUACACACAGGGGAGAAACCUUACAAGUGUAAUGAAUGUGGGAAGUCCUUCUAUCAUAAGUCAGAUCUCACUAAGUAUCAGAGAACACACACAGGAGAGAAACCCUAUGAAUGCAAUCAUUGUGGGAAAACCUUCACUUGCAACUCAGGCCUCAAGGUACAUCAGAGAAGACACAUAAGAGAGAAACCCUAGGACUGUAUCGAGAGGGAGAUAACCUCCAAGAAAUCAGUUGUUACAGUACAUUCAAGGUUAUACACGGGGAAAGAACAUUUUUAAAUAUUGCAAUGAGAGAAAUCUUUCUCAUGUGAUUCAUACCUCAAAAUACACAGAAAAUUCACAAAGGACAUGACUCGUAAGAAUGUAAAGAAUGGCAAAUCUUUUACCAUCAGUCAUCUUCCAAAAUAAAUAAGAGAAUACUCAUAGUAGAAAAUACUCUGAAUUUAAUAAAUGUUUGAAAAUCUGUUGUAAAUAAGAAAACUAAAAGUGACUGUAGAAGAAACCUUACUAAUGCAUAUAGGGAAGGUGGGGAAUUAUUUUAUUAUGAAGUAGAUCUUAUUAAACAAAAAACUUCACUGAGGGGGACACUUGAUGGGAUAAGCACUGGGUGCUAUACUAUAUGUUGGCAAAUUGAACUUCAAUAAAAAAUACACGUAUAUUAAAAACAAAAAACAAAGAACUUACAUAGGAGACAAUACUGUCAGUCAAACAGAUGUAUGAAAAUAUUCUUCCAGAAUUUGGCCAUAAAUAACAAUCAGACCACACUUCGGAAAAAGUGUCAACUCUUGUAUUUUUUGAGACCUUCAUAUACAAGUUGUACUCAAUGAGUGUCAGGGAAAUAAUAGGGAGAUACCCAAAGCAGCAAACGUGGUUGAGGCUUUAUCAAGAAAUGCCAUUUUGUUGAGCAAGAAAAUUGAUGUUGGAAGAAGUCGUAAAGAUGUUUUGAAUGUGCAGGCUUUAA